AUGUCAGGACUGGACGUCAACGAGGAGGAGACCCGAAACGGCGAGACUGAUCUUUUGAGUCUGAAAACCUCGAGCAACGCCAGACCGAAACACCGUAGAAGGCGUUGGGUCAAAGAGUGGUGGUUUUGGGAGAUAGGAGGAUGCUUCCUGAGUGUUGGGUGCAUGGUUACCAUCAUUGUCCUACUUCGAUUUGACGAAAAACCACGAAGCCAAUGGAAGUUAAGCAUCAGCCCGAACACCCUGGUUUCAACCUUAACUACGAUUGCAAAGACGGCUUUGCUGCUUCCAGUUGCAGAAUGCCUGACGCAGCUGAAGUGGCGGCAUUUCUCGCUUCAAAGCCAUCCUCUGGCAGACGUUGAAAGCUUUGACGCAGCUAGCAGAGGCCCGUGGGGAGCCUUCGUCUUCCCAUGGAAAACUAAGCUUAAGUCCCGUAUCGCAUUGAUGGGCGCACUCAUCGUGGCUGGGUCUCUCACCAUGGAACCGCUGGGCCAGGUGGCCGUGUCGUACAGGUCACAGCUUGUGUUUCCGCCAGCCAACGAUGUCAAGAACGAAAACAGAAGUGGUAUCUUCGUCGCCCAAGCCUACAAUACUGGAGCCCGAGAGUACUCGGUCGAGCUAUACGAUCGUAACGCAUUUUUCGAGGGGAUAUUUGGCAUGGGACGAGAGAUGCCUCUAAACUGCGUCAACGGAAACUGCACUUGGCCAGAGUUCGUAACCCUUGGCGUAUGCAGUAGUUGCCAGGACGUUACCAGCGCCUACCAACCUACAAAGAAGUCAUGCAACGGAACAAACGACAGUCAAACUUGCGUAUACAAUGACUACGAAGAGAUCGGAAGGCAAUUUGGCGACUCAUACCAGAUUACUACAGGAAACGAAACACGAAAUACUCUAAUCAAGGGCAUUUCCAGCCUGUCCAAUGAUACCAGGCUUAUAGCAAGCUUUAUACUCGGACGGUUUGAACAAUACAGCAAUUUCUCAGACGAAGACAGGGAUGGGUUCCUAGACCUGGUAAAAAGUGCUCCAGAGCUCACACAAUGUAACAUCAGCUGGUGCGCUGAGCUCUACCAAAACUUCACAUACCAGAAUGUGAGCUCAUUGUUUUCUCUGGAAAGACAGAAAAAACUUGUUUACUGA